CUUUGUCACAUUCAAAUCGCUCAGAUAAUUUUCGACAGACCGGGUGAUGCAGAUGGAGGCUUUCAUGUUGCUGUGCGCAUGCGCAAUAAUGCUCGUCGUGUAUUACGUUCACCAGAAAUCAAUUUGGUUCCUCCGAGGUUGCCUUCUACUGUUGGCUGCCAGUCGGAAGCUGCGGCAGCUGCACUUACAACGCCGGUUGUUUCUUCCUUAUCAGUUGCUGCUACGCCGUUCGGUGUCGGCAGCGUGCCUACCGUGCCUUCCGCCCCUAUGCGGGGCUCUGGUGGAUCUAUUCUCAUCGAUCUGAACUGUACCGUCCACUACACACACGUUCUUAAAAUGGAUUCCAACAUCCUCCAGAUCAUCCUUCAAAGGCGGAAAAAGUACAAAAACACUACCAUGAAUUUGGGCUACAAGACGUUUGCAUACUGUAAUAUCAGCCUCUCGCAGGUGAGCCAACUGUUCUGGUGCUUUUACAAUGAAAUGAAUUGA